AUGGCCCGCAAGGCCGACGAUCUGCUUGCGGACCUGGACCAGCUCGGCAGCGAAGAGCAGCAGGCCGCGGACAAACCAUCUGCCAAACCAGGCGCGAAGAACACCAAGUCAGGCAACGCCGCCAACGACGAGGAAGAUGCACUGGCGGAGAUUGAGAAGCAACUCGCUGCGAAACCAGCUGGCGGAUCGCGACCAGGCACCCCACGACUGAGCUCGAGUACCACCAGUGGAACGAAUAGAAGUCCUAAGCGGACUGCAGAAUAUACGCCUGCUACAACCUCAGUGAACAGCAGUGAGAGGAACAGCAGUGAAGACCGAGCUAGAAGCAAUGCGCCGCAGACACGGACAAGUGGAGAGGGCAACAGGAGCUUCCACCAGGCACAGACACCAGCGGCGGAAGAUGCUACAUCUGAGCCUGAGCAGCCAAAGGCCAGCGGAGGCGGCUGGUGGGGAAGCAUGUUCAAUGCUGCGACUGCGGCCGUGAAGCAGGCUGAAACGUUGGCCAAGGAGAUCAGCGGCAACGAGGAGGCUCAGAAGUGGGCAGAUCAAGUCAGAGGACAGUAUCAGAACUUACAAUCUAUUGGCACGGAUCUCCGAUCACGAGCUUUGCCAACAUUCACAUCCCUCAUCUCGCACAUCGCACCGCCCAUCUCAGCGCACGAACGACUCCAGAUUCACACCACUCACGAUAUCCAGAACUACCCAUCUCUUGACCCGCUCAUAUACUCUACCUUCAGCCGUAUCAUGGCUCAAGUCGAAGGCGGUGAUCUUCUCGUCAUCCAGCGUGGCAGCGAAUCACGAAACCGGUCAUCAUCUGACGUGCAAGGCUACAGGGGCGGCGUGCUCGGCGGAGGAGGCUCAUGGACCGAUGGCCCAUGGUGGCGAGAAGAUGGAGCGAAGCGCUCGCUUGGCACAGUACCUGGACUGAAAGAGGGCACUCGAUUGGCAAGAGUCAGCGCGGAGUCGUACGCCAAGGAGUUCUUUGAUUCACGUGGUGGUGUGGAGGAGGCUGCUAAGAAGGCCACCGAAACGUUGAACGAAUCGAACCCGACUCGCAGUAGCGAUAUCUUCCUCGCCAUUCAACCGAUCAGCUACACCGCCGAGAAGGACCUCUUUGCCGAAGAUGCGCGCGCCGAGAAGACUGAAUCUGGCGUCGUGAAGCCCGAAGAGGAAAGCGAGGAUAUGGUUGUCUUCGCAAUCUACCUCUACGACCCAAUCCACUCGAUCUCGUUCAAGGCUCUUUCGCAGCCCUUCCCGCAGCGCUGGGCUGAUUGGAUCGAUGCUGAAGCCACCGCAGACAGCUUGCCAGAAUCGAUCUUGGAGAUCAUCCAGACCGGCGGCGUCGAUCCACGAGAAUGGGUUGCUGAAUGGCUGGAGGAGAUUCUUUCUCUGUCUGUUGGCGUCGUUGCUCAGCAAUAUGUUGCCAAGCGUAUGGGCGUUGGUGAAGGCGGCAUUGGAAGGGGAAAGAAGAGGGCGGAAGAAGAGGCUAUCAGCGGAGAGGCUGCAAGGGCGAUCUGA